GAGGAAGUGAAGCUUUUAGACGAGGCAGCUGCUUCACCGGAGGGAAAAAAAACCUAAAAAAAAAAAAAAAAGCGAAGAGGUAAAAAAAAAAAAAAAAACUUAGCUUGGCUUUGCAGGAAUUUGCACCGAUUUUUGGAAACAUAGUCCCAAGCUACGGGAGUUCCGGGGAGGCAAACGGAGUCGUCGUUACCGUAGGAUGCUGCCAGUCUGUUUCCAAGGCUGCAUGACCUACCUGGCAAAGUGAGCAUCGGCCCCAAGAGCCACACACCCCCAAGGGCCCUCCAAACCCCCCCUCCCCAACCUCACUGUGUGGCAAUACAUUUGUGAAAUGAUGGAAGACUCUCAUUUUAAUUCCGCGUACUUCUGGUCUCCCAUCCCAUCUGUACCAGCACAGAUUGAGAAUGCCAUGUUUCUGAACAAGAUGAAAGAGCAACAGGAGAAGAAUGCAGCCUUCUCUCAGUCCUCUGCAUCCCACUACCAAACGGCUCUCCUCACCAUCCCAACUCAUGGGAUAAAGACAGAUGGUGGAGGGCAGGCUGGUGGCGGGACUCACCUCCACCCGGCUCACAGCACCCAGAACAUGCUGUCUGUCCCGUCCACAGGCAUCAUGACAGCAGCGGGUCUGGUCAUCACAACUCCUCAGGGAACCCUCGUCUCUCCCACCUCGUCUCAAUCGUUCGUCUCCGGUCAUCAAGCAACGACCAUGAUCGUCUCAGCACUUCAUUCUGCAGAGAAAAAAGAAGGGGACGGUGCGCCCCAUGUAGUCGUGAUGCCGGCACCCUCAAAACGAGGCAGAAAGAAGAAGGCGACGCUGUCCAGAGUCGGUGUGGGGGGGAACGAAACACUAAUACUGGCUCACCUGACAGCAGGCGGACAGGUGACGUCUUUGCAGCAUCACACUGUCGACCCUUACGACCUGUCAAAUGAAGAGGAAGAGCACGGGCAGAAAGACAGCACCAAGACGUACAGGUGCCGGAUGUGUGCGGCGACCUUCCUCAGUAAGUCUGACAUGCAGAUCCACUCCAAGUCGCACACAGAGGCCAAACCUCACAAGUGUCCUCACUGCGCCAAGUCAUUCGCCAACUCCAGCUACCUGGCCCAGCACAUCCGCAUCCACAGCGGGGCCAAGCCUUACACCUGCUCCUACUGCCAGAAAUCUUUCAGGCAGCUCAGUCACUUACAGCAGCACACACGGAACCACACAGAGUCAAAGCCUCACAAGUGUCCCCAUUGCACCAAGUCAUUUGCCAACUCCAGCUACCUGGCCCAGCAUGUCCGCAUCCACACCGGAGUGAAACCUUACUCCUGCUCCUUCUGCCAAAAGAGCUUCAGACAGCUCAGCCAUCUUCAGCAGCACAACAGGAUUCACACAGGAGAUCGGCCGUACAAGUGCAUCCAUCCAGGCUGUGAGAAAUCCUUCACGCAACUCUCAAAUCUACAGUCCCAUCGGCGCCAACACAACAAAGACAAGCCCUACAAGUGCACCAACUGCAACAAAGGAUACGUAGACGCAGCGAGCCUGGAGGUGCACAUGUCCACACACACGGUGAAGCACGCGAGGAUCUACUCCUGUGGGCUCUGCAACCGCACUUAUACCUCAGAGACGUAUCUGGUGAAACACAUGGAGAAACACAACCCCGACCAGCUGAAUGCACAAGCAGAACGAGCGAGACAACAGAACCAGAACCAAAGCCAGGACCAAGGUGCAGCUCAGAGCCGGGAGGACGGAGCAGACCGAGGAUCGAACAGAGCUGGGAGCGGGGGAGCAGACGGAGGCCAGCAGGGACAGAGCAACUACCAGACAGACUCCCUCUCCUGUCCGUUUGACAUGCACCAGUAUAAGACAGUGUCUGCCAGUGACAUCCAGUACAAACCUGUCACCGUAGCUGACCUCACUUCCCACAAAGACCUCUGCCUCACUGUCUCGGCAUCCACCAUUCAAGUGGAGCACCUCAACUCUUAGAGGAGAGAGGUGAAACUGAAGAUGGAGGAUAAAAGCAAUACCAAGACGAACUUUGGAACAUGACUGUGCCUGAACUUUUGUUUGAGACAGACAGGACAAACGGUAUGAGUGAAAUGGAUACUGAAGACUAAUUUAGUUUUAUUUUUGUAAUAGUUUGUCUCCUGUUUUCUUUCUGCCUUGUUUGGUCUGUUUUUCUGUUGUUUAUCAGUCUGACUGGAAGGUGCAUGUAAAGGCUGCAAUAAAGUAUGUUUCGGUCCAUCACAGUGAUGGUUUUAUGAUAGAAAAGGAUUCUAUUCACCCUUGUUUCAUCUGCGCUUCCAUACACAUACAGUUUUGGCAAUAGCAAUGUAUGGUCUCUUCGUUGAUGAAACUGGUAGUUGACUGAGAAGGUAAUUUUUUAUACUUUCAUACAGAGACUGACAGUUUUUACAUCACUUUUAUUACCUCUACUAUGUUGUAAAAUGCAUUCUUUCUUUUUGACCUGAAAAGGGAUUAGAGGUUAUUUCCUUUUCAGGAAAGAGAAAAAUAUCAAUCAAGUAUAUAUAGAUAUAUAUACAACCAGUUUAUAAAGUAUGAUUGUGUGUUUAAAGGCUGUGGUGUUCCAUAUAACCUAUUUAGUCCCAUUUGUAUGCCUUCACAUAACCUUUGAGGAAGUGAUGAGCCGGUUCACGUUUCAUGUAAUCCUAUUGUACCUAUUUGUGUGUAUGUCCUAAAGUUAAUGUUAUCAAAAUGUGUUCUUGCUGUUACUCAUCCCUGAUAACAAUGUUUAUAAUACUUACUUUUAGACAUACUGACACAUCUCUUUUGUUCAGGCUUAAAAAUUCAAUAAACCCUCUGAAAUGGU